CAUUUCACAAUAUUUUUUUAGUAAAUUAAGUAAAAUAAUUUCUAAUAAAAUGUCCUCAGUUACAAUUAAUAAAUUAUUAAAAACUUCACAAAAUUCUGGGGACAAUAAAAACUAUAUAUAUUUGCAAAUAAAAUGGGGAGAUGAAGAAAACAACGUUAAAAUCCUGGAUUCUGAAAGUGGAAAAUCAUAUCAAGGUAUUGUAACUGUCACGGCAAUGAAGGAAAUCGCAUCAAAUUUGGAUAUGUCUUACAAUGACUAUUAUGAGGAAAUGCGAUCUGCAUUAACGACUUAUUUAGCGUUACCUGGAUUUUAUUAUAAACUGGAACCAGAAAUGCAGGUUCUUAACAUCUGGAAAUCGCAGCCUGAAUCAAUACCGAUAUUGUAUCUAGAUAUCGAUAUUAAAGAAAUUAGAACCAGUAAUGAUAUAUUAGAUUCUGCUAUAGAACUUUUACAGCAACAAGAUAAAUCUCUAACAGAUCGUGUACAAAAGGCUCAUAAGUUUGAUGAAAAUUCGCGAAAGCUUUUGGAAGAUUAUCGUUUGUGUGUGGAGGAGAAAAAUGAAUUGGAAAGAAAACUGUUAAAGAAAGUAGCGGUAUUAUUGAAUGCCAAAAAGGAACGUAUUGCUCAUCUGGAGGAAAGAUUAAAAAAAUACGAAGAAGUUGAGGAUAACGAUGAUUCUGAGGAAAACGAGGAAGGACCACAAAGUACAAAAAAACGACGACUUGUUGUUAGAGAUAGUGAAAGCGAUGAUGAUGAUGAUGAAUAUAUGGCUGAUACACAACCUUUAACAUUACCUAAUGAUGAAACAAAUAAUUAAGAUUUUUAAUUACAUAUAUUGCGUACUUAUUGGACAAAAUAUAUGGAAUAAUAAUAGCACUAAGUGUUAAAAACUUUUUCAACUUUCAAACGUACAAAUUUCUACUUCAUAUUAUGUUAAAUUUAUUUAAGACUUUUAAAUAUUCAUCGUAAAAGAAAUACAAAGAAAACUUAAAAUUAUGUUUUGUUUUAAUAAUAAAUAUUGUUUGCAGCCUCAAGCUUGUCACUGAUGUAUAAUAUAGUUUAGUGCUACAGAUUAUUCCAGUUCUAGGCCAAAUAGGGAUGUUUCAGAUGUACAUAUAUGUCAAUAUCAUCAUCUGGUAGAAUAAUUCUAAUCAAAUUUUGCGAAUAUAAAAAAUCUCUUAAUGAAAAAUCUUUUGGUUUAGUUGGUAUCUCGAACAUUAUUAUAAGACAACUUGCCAUUUUUUAAUUAUUUAAAUUAUUUAUUUUUUAAUAAUUGUAUAAACAAUGGAAAUUUUCCAAAUAAUUCGAAAAUAGCUAAAAUAUGUUCAAUACAGAGGGACCUAAUAGGUAUGAACUGAAUAAUUAUAAACCUAUAUCUCUGUUAACAAAUUUAGAAAACGUUUUGAAAAGAUAAUUCGAGUUAAACGUGGAAUCUAUUAAUCAAAUCAUCAAUUUGGUUUUAAAAAUGUUACAUGUGAUAUUAAAAUCAUGGUCUAUUAAAAUUUCAAAUGACGUUGUUAAGGAUUUAGUGGAAUGUUGAUAUUUCUCUCUAUCUAGAUGACGCUUAUGAUCAUGCUUAAUAUAAAACAAGUGCAAAACUUUUGUUUAAUCAAAAAAAUGUAAAAUCAUAUAACAAAUCAUUAAAAAAGAUAAAAAAUAAAUUAAUAAUAAAAAUAAUUUGAUCA